AUGGGUUGCAACAAGAUCGGUCACGUCCACCAAUGGCCCACCUCCGGCACCCUAGUCGUCCAGCGCUGCGAGGUCAAAUGCAACUUCUGUGAGGGCGAAGCGGCCGAGAAGUCGUUCAAAUACGCUUGGUUCCUCCGACGCCACAUUCGUGCCAUGCAUAUCAAGAACGGUCCCUACAGAAACCUGGUCGUUUCCGAAGACUGGGACGAUGCUCACGCCGUUGGUGCCAAGCACAAGAAGACUCGCCAGCGCGUGAAGAAGGCAACCAAGCCCCCAGCGCCAUAUUACGCCGUUCAGCCAGCCUACGAUGGACAGCUCGCCCAAGGUCAUGACAUACUCACUGCCCAGCCAGCAACCCUCGAUGUCGGCCUCUCCCAUGGCUUCAGUCUCGAUGACAUCCUCGCGCGUGACGACGGCAACUACGGCUUCGCGCUCGGCGAUGAGGAGUCUUCAAACCUCAUGCCAGCCGACAUCUUGGACGCAGCCAACGUCGACUCCUGGCUCAAUCACCUCGGCACAGAAGCAUACGACCUGCCUCCGCUUGACAGCCUCGACGCGUCCGCUACCUACCUCUUCAACGCAGCCGGCGCAGCCGAGCUCAACGAGCUCGAGCCAGACCUUUCCCCCGUCGACAGCAUCUCCAACGUCUCAGACGACAUUGAAGCGACCUUUGACGACGCGGACAUUCCGUUCCUUCCAGCGUACAACGUCGAAGGACCCGCCGGCUCGUCCUCUGUAAAUGACGAGAGCCCGUUUACUCCAACUCCUGUCUUCGCGCAGCCUGAUUUCUUCGGCGACGCGACUUACAAUCUCGACCACGAGUACCAGACAAGACUCUUGCCACCAUAUCACCUCAUCACACCAGACGACAAUCCUUUCACCAACAGCAACACGGCCACACCGGAGGAAGACGAGCACUUCCAAAGCAUGAUGACGAUCCUGGACACGGCCGCUGCGCAGAUAGUUGAGAAGGGUAUGGGUCUCGAUCAGCUGCUUUCUUGCGUCGAUACUUUCAGCCGUGGGCUCAAGCAGAUGAUGCCUGAGAAGACGGCACUGCAGACUGGGACCCAGCACAAGGGUCCCGAGAAGAAGUCACUGCACAUCCAGCUUCCAACAGCAGAGACUGUCGAUCUCACCGACGAUACGUUCGAUGAGGCAUUCAAUGCUCUGCGCACGCCGACUUUCAGCCAGAUCUUGGGUAUGGGUGAGGGUGUUGAGGUCUGA